CGCACGAGAGCUACGGCCAUUAUCUUCUGCAGAUCCGAUUUUCUGGGGCAAAUUUGACCCGAACGUCAAUUUGAGGCCGAGACUCAGUCCUUCGAAGAUCCACACGUAUUUAUAAACCCGACGAGGACGAGCAGAAAACAAUUAUUCUUUGUUCAAGCAGGAGCAAUCGAAGAAGAAGAAGAAGACCCUGAGAAAUCCAUUUGAAAAAAAAGCACUUUUAGAAGAUGGCAGAAGGUGAGGAUAUUCAGCCUCUGGUGUGUGACAAUGGCACAGGAAUGGUCAAGGCUGGAUUUGCGGGAGACGAUGCCCCAAGGGCAGUCUUCCCUAGCAUUGUGGGACGCCCCCGACACACGGGAGUGAUGGUUGGUAUGGGACAGAAAGAUGCUUAUGUUGGCGAUGAGGCCCAAUCCAAGAGAGGUAUUUUGAGCCUGAAAUACCCAAUUGAACAUGGAAUUGUCAACAACUGGGAUGACAUGGAGAAGAUAUGGCAUCACACGUUCUAUAACGAACUUCGUGUGGCACCCGAGGAGCACCCAGUGCUUCUCACAGAAGCCCCUCUUAACCCCAAGGCUAACCGUGAGAAGAUGACUCAGAUCAUGUUUGAGACCUUCAAUGCCCCUGCCAUGUAUGUUGCUAUUCAGGCUGUCCUCUCCCUCUAUGCCAGUGGUCGUACAACUGGAAUUGUUCUGGACUCUGGGGAUGGUGUGAGCCACACUGUCCCUAUAUAUGAAGGGUAUGCCCUUCCCCACGCCAUCCUUCGUCUGGACUUGGCAGGACGUGACCUCACGGACUACCUGGUGAAGAUCCUGACCGAGAGGGGUUACAACUUCACCACCUCAGCAGAACGGGAAAUCGUGAGGGACGUGAAGGAGAAGCUGGCCUACAUUGCUCUUGACUUCGAGCAAGAGCUGGAGUCGUCGAAGAGCAGCUCAACCGUGGAGAAGAACUACGAGCUGCCCGACGGGCAGGUGAUCACCAUCGGCAACGAGCGGUUCCGCUGCCCGGAGGUCCUGUUCCAGCCCUCGAUGGUUGGGAUGGAAUCCGCCGGCAUCCACGAGACCACAUACAACUCAAUCAUGAAGUGCGACGUGGACAUCAGGAAGGACCUGUAUGGGAACAUCGUCCUGAGUGGUGGGACCACAAUGUUCGCCGGAAUCGCUGACAGGAUGAGCAAGGAGAUCACUGCGCUGGCCCCCAGCAGCAUGAAGAUCAAGGUCGUUGCCCCGCCGGAGAGGAAGUACAGUGUUUGGAUUGGUGGCUCUAUCCUGGCUUCCCUCAGCACAUUCCAACAGAUGUGGAUAGCCAAGGCAGAAUAUGAUGAGUCAGGGCCUUCAAUUGUUCACAGAAAGUGCUUCUAAACAUUUUGCUGCCACUGUGCCAUCAUCUUCAUCAUCAUCAUCAUCAUGAGAUUGAUGCAUAAGAUAACAACAACAACCUCAACAACAAGGAAGCUGUGUUAGUUAUGGAAACAGUUGCCCUUCAUUGCUGUUGCUGCUUCCAUUUUAUUUGUUUAUUUAUAUAUAUAUAUAUAUAUCAUAAUUAUAAUAAUUAUUGUUAUUAUUACUAAUACUACUACUAUUUAUGAAGUUUAAUUCCAUUGGGUUUUGUUUAUUUAUUUAUUAUUCUAUUAUUUUUAAUGUAAAAGUGUGUGGACACACACUCACUCAACAAACAAGAGUAGAGUAU